CUAGUAGCUAGCUAGGUAGUAGGUAGAAGAUCUUUGAGCAACGGUACCAGUACGGUAGUACCGGUACAAGUUGUAGAUACAAGAGAAAGCAACCAUGGCGUUUCCAUUCCGCUUGAUACUUCUUCUCUCCUGUUUGUUGUUCACAGCAAGGGCGCUUGCACCCGUCAAAACAUCUCCCCCCGCCUCGGUGCUCCGCCGUGCUGUCGAUCCCAGCAAUGCUCCAUCGCUCUUGGAACUCACAAAGGCACUCGUCGAGCUAAGCCGAUCGACGAAUCCAGAGACGAAUUGGUCACAGAAAUUAGGAGCCAAAUCCUGGACACCCGUCUUUUCGGCAUCGCCGGAAGUGUUACAGAACACCCACAAUGACACUGCCGUGGGACGAUUCUUGCCACCUGGAAUCAGUUGCCUGUCGUUUUCGUCCAGUACCAAUGAAACGGGAACGGCUUGCAAUCAGAUCAAUCCAUUCUUUGGCGGCAGCCGAGCCGCAACCUUUCGUGUCGAAGGAACCUACACUCUCAACGAUCGAACCAUGACGCUCGAAUUUGAACAAUUGACCAUUCGGUUGCUUGUUGGGUGGAAUCAUCACACUGCCAUCGCUGGAUAUACGAGAAGGACGCGGCAUCCGAAGUCUGUUGGAACGAUUGGUACGAGGGGGAAAGAAAACUGCGGAAAAGAAGAAAACCUUUGAAAAGCGACCCAACACUUACUUCUGGUUCUAUGCCGACGAACACAUUUGUGUGGCACAAGGAUCCAGUGGAUCGGUGGCAGUUUGGGUUGCGGCUGAUGACCAGGAUACCACCACCAACUGCUCCGAAGAAAGUUAGAUAGGCUGGCUAACAAGGUUGCGAGCAAUCAACAGGGAAUUUGUGAAUGGGUACAUCCUCUUUGAAAGUACCAAAGAUCAGCUUUUGAACCGAAGGUAGCAGGUUGUGGCUCAAGAUUUGCUAUUACGGCCUGGAGAUGCAAACUCCGUUUCCAACUGGCUAAACGAAGCAACUGUAAUAAUCUAAAGUACCACGUACCGGUAGGUGACUGGCUUGCUGUAUUAAUAGAACGGAAUGGAAUCAAUGCAUGCAUCAUAUAAUUUUAAGCCAG